AUGUCUUCAGCCUCGUCUGCAGCCUCGGACUCGGAGGAUGAUCGAUUGACCACUCGUUCGGCACCGGCAACCACCUACCGACCCAUUGCACCACUUCCACACUCUCCUCGGGCCACUUCCCCCUCAUCACGUUCUACAGCACGAGACUCGGAAAGCAAACCUUGUCUCACAGAUUCCAUCCAUUCUCGUCUGCAAAACAGUGAGACAGCCUUGGUCGCAUCUUGCAAUUCCAACUCUCCAUCCAACAAAACCGCCGCACCACCUAUGCGUCACGCUCUUCCGCCUAAACCGGUGACGACCAUGCUGUCCUGUUCUUCUGCAAGCUUCACCCCUGCCAACGGCAUCUCUAACCCCGCUGCUUCCUCUUCCUCCUCCUCAACCUCAACAGCAGCAGCCAAAGCCAACACCGCCAAGCGUUCCCGCGUUGACUCCUCUCUGGUACCCCAAGUUCCCAAAGUACCCAAAACGGCAGGCGAGAAAGAAAACACUCCGCGUCUUAUCGUCGUUCUGGAACAAGCCUGUCUUGAAACCUACAAAGUUUCCACCGGUUCCGCUUCCCGUGGCGGUGGUGGAGGAGGACGUAACAACAAAGAUGGUGGGGACAAAUACGCUUUGCUUAAUUGCGAUGAUCAUCAGCGAGUCCUUGCCAAGAUGGGUCGUGACAUUGCUGAAGCGAGACCCGACAUUACCCACCAGUGCCUGCUUACACUUCUCGAUUCACCUCUCAACAAGGCUGGCCUUUUGCAGGUCUACAUUCACACAGCAAAGGGAGUCCUAAUUGAGGUCAACCCACAUGUUCGUAUCCCACGAACAUUCAAGAGGUUUUCCGGGUUGAUGGUACAACUUCUUCACAAGUUGAGCAUUCGAUCCAUGGGUGGUAGUGAAAAGCUCUUGAGAGUCAUCAAGAAUCCAGUCACAGAUCAUUUGCCGGCAAAGACACACAAGGUGACACUUUCCUUCGAUUCGCCUGUUCAGAGAUUGAGCAACUACCUGCCGACGAUUCCGGAGAAUCAUAGCAUUGCUGUGUUUGUAGGUGCAAUGGCUCAUGGCAAGGAUAACUUUGCUGAUGGUCUUGUUGACGAGAAGAUUUCCAUCUCCGAGUAUUCUUUGAGUGCUUCCGUUGCUUGUGGCAAAUUCUGUUGCGCUUUGGAGGAUUUCUGGGGUGUUGUUUGA